GAAUACGUACUUUCACGGUUUGGUGACCGUCUUCAGAACCCUGCGCAUCGCCAUCCAGUCCUCACGUGGCCGGAAUCAGAUCGGUGUGCAGUAGUCAACUUCACCGCCAGCAGCAUUACGGCUGCACUCCUUCCUACCCUCCUCUCCGGUUGAAACUGGUAGACCGCUUUAGGUCUACCUCAGAGACAGUCGCCAACGUGGCUGCUGCAGUGGCCCCGAUUGCUUCCAUGCAUCCUGGGUCCGACCCUAUGGGUGCCCCUCCCAGCUUCACAGCGAGGAGGCCACACGCUGCCCAAUUAGGCAGUUUCGAGCUCCCACCACCGCCCGCCCACAACAAAUACCACUCGUACAACACCAUCAACAACACACCCCAGCCGUCUCAAGCAUCGACAUCCAUCGCCAGCGUGGGCAACUUGCUCACUCCCCCGAAUUUCCCCAGUGACGGGAUAAGCCCUUCGUCUGGAGUCUCCACAAGCAACGCCCACUCCUCCGCAAUGCCCUAUCACGGCAAUUUUGUCUACUCUCCUCCAGCUCAACAACCGGCUACGCAGUACGGCUACUCUGCCAGUUCACAACAGCAGCAUCAUUACAAUGCCGCGAGGGGGUUGAAUCCGCCACCCUACCAAAUGAACUCACAACAGCUGCCUCCCUUCCCCUCGACAUCCACCCCGCUCGGCGCCCCUUCCACUAUGGCGGCUUUGCCGUCGCAAGAACAGCAACCCCCUUAUGGCAUGCCGGCGCGCACUCCUGUUUCCAGCUCGGCCCCUCAGCAGUCACCGGUGCCUGCCCAGGAGCCCUUCCACCGACCCCCACCGACUCCGACAUAUUACGGAGGCCAACAUGCCUCGACUCCCCAACAACCAACGUUUCCCUACUCGACAGGGCCAUCGCCCACACAACAGAGUCCCAUAAGCGCCGGCCCGCAUCCGAGAAUGUCCCCGGCGGUCUCGCAAGGCACCAUACCUUCCAUACCACAGCAACCGGCCCAAUCCCCUCAUGCUUAUCAACGACCUUACGGAUCCUACCUCCCUCCGGCACCCGUCUUCUCGAAUGUAAGCAAUCCCAACGGGCACAUGACGCUGGUGGGCGGCGUUCACCCCGGAAUGAUGCCCGGCUUCAACAGCGGACACGCCGCCAACCUGACCCACCUAUUUGGCCCUGGCCAGCAACCGUCGACAAACGACCGGCCCUUCAAAUGCGACCAGUGUCCGCAGUGUUUCAAUCGGAACCAUGAUCUAAAACGGCACAAGCGGAUCCACCUGGCCGUGAAACCUUUCCCUUGCAACCAUUGCGACAAGAGCUUUUCACGGAAAGACGCCCUCAAGCGCCACAUCCUCGUCAAAGGUUGCGGUAACCCCGACAAGAAGCCUACAUCGACGACAGGCGACGUGAAACGAGAGACGAAUCCGCAGGACGUAAGAAGGGAGGGCGUGGACCCGAAGCCUGCCAUCUCGACGAGUGCCUAAACGGAUGAUGCAACACUCCUCUCAAAUUCUCUUCGCAAUAUUUGUAUUAGAUCUACUUCUACUACAUCGUUCAAGCCCACGACCGGACUCAUCACAAGUCUGCGCUUCUUUGCAGCCAGACUCGAGCGGACCAGGAGUUAGGCGCCUUUGCUAUCUAAGGUUAUGUGUGUU